CUAGUUCAAAAUAGUUCAGAAGCACCACAAAAUUCUCAGCUAAAUUCGAAACAGUUCUUUGCGUCUCCGGUUUUGGGAAAUAUUAUAAUUAAAGCUCAGGCAUGGGCACAAGAUCGCGAUGGGGUCGUAUUGAUGCCCGUGUGACCGUCAAUCUGGUGCGGGAGCCAUCGAUGGGUGUAAUAAAGCUGAAUCGACGGACAUUGGAGCGUCGCGUGGAUCACCAGCUGAUGCUGAUGUCGUCCCCGGUGCCGUUUGUCAACUUUAUGAACAAGUUCCGCCUGGACGAGAUUCUGAUCAAUCAGCAGGCCAGAGGGGUCUUCAGCAUGCGCGACUCGGCCACCGUUACGGAGCUGGCCAGCUACACGUGGAGCAGCAUGUCCGCCAGCGACCGUCUACCGUACACCCGUCUGGCCAUGAAAGCCCGGGAGAUUCAGAAGGCGCGCAAGCUUUACUUCCAGGGCGGCAGGAGGGCCCUCGCCCAUAACUGAGCAAUCGUACCACUCCCGUUCGAAUGAUUUUUAUGAAUUUGUUUGCAAUAAACUUAAAGCACAGGAAGCAACUCUUGGAAUUAACUAGA